AUGUCCUGGGGAGUGGUGCACGAGGUGAAGUGCAUCGUCUUCAAUGACGACUACAUGACCUGUGAGUGGGACAGCAGCCAGAAACCAGCCUCCAAUUACUCCCUCUACUACUGGUAUAAACAAGAUCCCAUUGCAGAGUGUGAGCAUUAUCUCCAAAGUGAUGGUGUCAACAUGGGAUGCUGGUUCAACCGCAGCCAGAUUCAUAUUUUUCGUUCCUUCAAUGUUUAUCUCAAUACAAGCAACAAUGGCAGCAGACACUUCUACAGAAGCCACACCAUGCAACUGCAAGACCUAGUGAAACCCAACCCACCUGUCAACCUCACCAUCCAGGGCUCAGGAAACAACCAGCUGCAUUUGACUUGGGGCUCAACAUACAAAGCCCCACACUGUCUGUUACAUAUGGUGGAGUACCACAGCAGCACAGACACCAAGUCAAAGACUGCAGCAACAGAAGAGAUGAAGUUCAUCUUGGCCAGUGUGGACCCGAAGAAACUGUAUACCUUCUACAUAAGGAGUAAGAUAAAUGAUAAAUGUGGGACCACCGACCUUUGGAGUCUGCCAGCCGGCCCUGUCUUUUGGGAGGGAAAUUCUACCAGCAAAGGCUCUGAAGAUAAGAACACUGCCGUGUGGUUCUGGAUCCAAAAUGUCGUGUUCCCGAUUGGCUCCUUUUUGCUCCUGAUCCUGCUCUUCUUAACCCUGAUGCGCGUGGAGAGGGUAUGGCUGGUCCUGAUGCCCAAAAUUCCCAACCCUAGCAACAAAUUUGAAGAGCUCUUCACAGCCUACCAAGGCAACUUCUCAGAGUGGGCCGGGGUCCCCAAGGAUGCCGUGGAGAGUUUCAAGCCAAGCUACCGUGAAAGCAUCUGCCAUGUCACAGAAUUGCUCCCUGGUGGGGGAUAUUUGCCUCUGGGCAGUGACAUCCUGGGCAAGGCUGGGGAGGUGCCUGGAGUUUCUGUGGACCUCAUCUCCAAGACUGACAUUGAAUAG